AUGCCCCGCAAGAGUGUGGAUCAGGAGAAGUAUUCCACAAAAUAUAAGAAACUGUCACACACUGUAGCGGGAGAUGGAUUUGUUGAUAUUCAGUUUGAAAAACCUCCACAAAAGAUACCUUACAAGGCCAUACUUCUGGCUACAACCUUGUUUGUUAUUGGCAGCAUUCUGAUCAUUAUUGGAGCUCUUUUGUUUACUGGUUAUAUUUCAGUACAAUAUUCUGACCGCACUUGGCCAAUGCUGUUGCUGGGAGCUUUAAUGUUCAUCCCCGGUGCCUAUCACACCCGAAUUGCAUACUACGCCUACAAAGGCUAUGAGGGAUUCUCUUUCGAAGACAUACCAGAGUUUGACUGA